AUGUGUAGCGGAGAAGAUAAUAUAGCGGGGUCUGAUGGAAGGACCCCGCCCUUCAGUUUUGAUCUGUUUUUCCCUCUGGUUCCUCUUCCAGCUGAGCAGGGGGUGGAUAUUUCUACAUCAACCACCUCACUGACUUCAUCAGAAUAUUCUGGUCCUACAGUCAACAACGAGAAUAGUAGCAGGGAAGGGACGACACUCUUUGAUGACAAGACGGGUAAUCGAGAAAACAUGAUGGCAUCUUGUGGCUUGACCCCCCCUUUUUCUGACCUCUCUCUUUUCUUUUCCCAACUUACCCCUCUCCCUCAUAACACUGGCUUGCCUGACACCACUACAUUUCCAACUUCUUCUGAUCUCGAAAUGAAUAGCGACCGAGAAACAGUGGAAUCUGAGAUGGGGUGUAUAUUAUUUGACCUAUUCCCUCUCACCCCUCUUCCUCAAAGCACUGAAUUGCCAUCACAAGGAGUGUCUACACCUGCACUCCCUUCAUCAGGUCCUACAGUCAGCAAUGAGAAUAGCAGCAGGGAAAAGACGACAGCUGACAUGGAAUUUCUUAUCAACCUAUUCCCUCUCAUCCCUUUCCCACUAAACGCUGAGUUGCAGUCACCAGAGGUGCCCCAGCCUAUGUCGAAAGAGCGAAGGGCAGACAUGAUUCGUUCUAGCACACCCUCCGUUACUUCCGACCCGCUUCCUAGUGACCAAGCAACCAUCGUGCCGGGAGAGAUAAGCAGUCCCUCGCCACUGUCCAGUCACUCCUCCACACCCGAGAAUGACGAUACUAUCUCAGUGAUCAAUCCAGAUCCACCUGCCGUUCAAACAGAGAACCUUUGCAUUCACUCUGCCUUAACAGAGACGUCCAUAGCUAGAUCUUUCUCACCGGUCCAUCCCUCAGCUGACCAUCUCGAGAAGUACGUAACGACAGAGGAUUCUUCUACUCAGACAGGCUCUCAAAUGGAGGCAGACUCAAAUAUCGAAGCUCAGAACUGUAAUGAAAAGAUAGAAAAACUGGAGAAAAUUGUGAGUAUAGUGACGACAGACAAACAGCAGCGCCAGAGAAGACUAAACAACGUUUCUGCCUUACACUACCGACGGAGGAGGAAGGGAAGGGAGAGCGACUUGGAACUGAGGAUGAAAGAGCUUGGGGCCACAAACAAGAGACUCAAGGAAAAGGUUUCUGACCUGACAACUGAGAUUCAUAAGAUGAGAAGAUUGUCACAACAGAGCAAGACUCGGGAACCAACAAAAGUCUGUCGUUUCUUUCUUAACUCAACUUGUAGCAUGUUGAACUAA